AUAGUUCUUGCAAAACAGGUUACGAAUGUAUUAUGAAAACACGUGGAGUAUAUCGCCACAUCUAUUGGAUAGGUGUUUAAUUGACAACAUCUGUUUUUUUUACAAGCUCAAGUUUGGCAACAUUGUGAACAAGACGAGGAUAUCGUAGAGUUACAGGGGGAGCCGACACCAGAAGACUAGAAGCAGGGGACACAUAGACACAAAACAGCUGCUUCAACAGGUUUGCUAAAGUUCAGCCCCUCUCAAAACAAGUGGAUACCAAUUGGAAAACAAAGACCGCCUUUACUUCUUUUAAAUCCAAGGGAAGUGUUGAGACCUAUCUACAAACUAUGACUUCUAACAUGUCUGAUGUUCAUGAAUACUAUGAUUAUGCAGACUUGUACAGCAACGAGCCUGCACGGGCGACUGUACCUCCAGAAGAAAUUAUCUUGCCAUGUUUCCCCACUGCAUCUGACAAGCUCUAUCAUACCUGUAUCUCUGCACUGUCUCUUGUUGUUCUCUUGAUCCUUGCUGCCUUUACAAAACGUAAGAGGCUGUGUCCAGGUUUUUUAAAAGGGGUUCCAGGGUUACUCAGCCCAGUGAACUUCCUCGAUCACACCCAGCACAAGGGCCUGGUCGGGGCUGUCUUUGGGGGACUCUUCUGCAGGCUGGUUGUGGUGGUCCUGGCUAAGAACCCCCUGCCUUUCACAGAAGACCCUGCCCCCGAGAACAAAGAGUACUGGAAGAUCCUGGCCCUCUUCUACUACCCUGCUCUCUACUACCCCCUGCUGGCCUGCGGUACUCUCCACAGUCGUGUGGGUUACGUCCUGGGGAGCUUGCUGUCCUGGACUCACUUCAGUGUCCUGGUCUGGCAGAAAGUGGACUGUCCUCAGACGCCAGAGAUCUAUAAAUUUUACUCUCUGCUGUCCAGUCUUCCACAGAUCGUCUGCCUGGCCUUCCUCAGUUUCCAGUACCCUCUGCUGCUGUUUAAGAAUUCAGGGACUGCCGGGCAAACUAACACGAGCGAGGACCUGCACAGCAGCUAUUACAAGGAGUAUGUGCAGAAAAUCCUCAGGAAAAAAGUCACCAAAAGCAGUUCCAGCACUUUUAAGCCCACGAUACCUUCAAGAAUCUCUGCUGCCCUGCAAUCUUAUAUCUACACUCCAGAGGACGGUUUCAGAUUUCCUUUGAAGCUGGUUAUCUCUGCCGUGGUAUCAAUCAUUUCAGUGUAUCAGGUGAUGCUGUUGCUGGUGUUGCUGGUGAUUCCCACCCUGCAGAAAGUGCGAGGGGGAGUGAAUGAGGACAUUGCCUUCCUGCUGGCUGGCUUUAACAUCAUCCUGUCAGAGAACCGGGCCGAGGUGGUUGAGAUUGUCAAAAAUUACCUCUGGACGGUGGAAGUGUGCUACAUCUCCACUGUCACUCUGUCCGGUCUUGUAACCUUGGUGAUGCUCAUGAGGUCCAUGGUUUUGCACAGAUCUAACCUGAAAGGUCUGUACCGAGGGGACAUUUACAGUGUCUACAAUCGCCAGAGAAGCAUCCGACCGUCCCGGCCUGCCAUCGUCUGCUGGAUGGGUUUCACCAGCUACCAGGCUGCACUCGUCUGUAUAGCCCUGUUGAUUCAGACGCUCGUUUUCUUUAUCUGUAUCCUGUGGUUCGUGUUCCUGAUCCUGAUUCCCAUACUAUUCGGCCAAAACCUCAUCCUUUUUCGAAUCCUCAAGGUCAUGUGGCCCUUCUGGCUGAUGCUGUGUUUAGUUGUGAUUGUUCAGCAUGUGAUGGCCAAGUUUGCCUUCCUUAAAAAGGAUGCCGGGACGAGAGACUUGGACAACAGACAGGGGCUGUUUCUGCUCACCUACCUGCUGUUCCCUGUCAAUGUUCUGGUGGGGGUUCUCCUGGGGGUGUGGAGAAUUGUGAUCACUGGCCUCUUCAACAUCAUUCACCUGGGCCGGCUGGACAUCAGCCUACUAAACCGGGGUGUGGAGUCCUUCGACCCAGGCUACCGCUGUUACGUGCAUUACUUGAAGAUUGAGGUGAGCCAGUCCCACCCUGUGAUGAAAGCUUUCUGCAGCGUGCUGCUCCAGCCUCCAGCCUCUGAGGGCACCGCGGGACAGAAAAUGACCUCCGUGGAGGAAGGGAUUCAGCUGGUGCAGCAAGACAAGAAGCAGAAGAUGAUCUCCAAUUCCAGGAGGAUUCGAGGGAGGUGGUGGCUCGUCUUUACCCUGGUGAACAACCCCUCGCUGGUGACGUCACGAAAACACUUCCAGGCGCAGAGCUCCGAGGCCUUUCUGAACGGGACACUGAACAGAACCACAAAGGAAAGCGGCUCCGAACCCGAGAAAACAGACACAAAAUCAAAUGAUGUGUGAAACACUGAGAAGAAAAGAAUACUGAAAUAGCUGCACUUACUGAAAAAUAAAUACAUACAUUCGAAGUACACUGCAAAUGUAUUUGAUUUAUAUAUAUUUUAAGGUCAGUUUGGUCCUCCAAAGUUAUUUUGUUUCAAGGGCAAGAUAAUAUUACUCUGUCGACCUGCUUAUUUAAAAACAAACAAAAAAAUAAAUUACAUUACUUUAAAGUACAGAUUUUAUCAAAUGGCCCCAAAACAGCGAGUAGUAUAUUUAAAUGACUUUAGUGUUGCAGUAUAAGUAUGUCAGUUGGUGUUAGGGGCACCAUACUGUGGACAUAACUUUGACCACAAGCACAGCUUUAAGGUCCCCUGAAAUAUGAGAUACUGGAUUUUCUCUAAGGUAAGAGUGUUUUUACGCAACAAGCUGUAAACAAUGUAUGGACACCGAAGAAGAGCUUCAAGAUAACAAUACUUUUAUUGAAAAAGAUCCCAUCCACAUUUCUUAAGGAGUAAGUAGAUUCAAAUGUUAUUUUUCUUUAAAUCUGCCUUAAUGGCUUUGAGCUGCUUAGAGUUUAUCUGAAGAAUCUCAAAUACCUGUUCUGAACAGAUUCUUCAUUCCAUUCCAAUAAUGAGCACUGUGACCCUUCACCUGUCAGCCCCGCCUAUUUGUUCUGUUGCCAGGGGUGUUCUGUAGCCAUUUGAGAUAUUCAAGGAUGAUUGUAAAGAAAAUUCUAAAGAAACAACAAUAUAGUGGGAAGAGGUCAAAUGUCAUUUUAGGGUGGUGGUAUUAAAAUACUUCCACCCCCCAUGAUUUCACUUAAUCAAUGAUAUAGUUGUCUGAAUUAUACUGUAGAAUGUACAGCACAUGGGUCCUGUGAAUGAAAUAAUUAACUUUAAAUAGUACAGAAAAUAAGCCAUACACCCAUUAACCUUAAUUACAAUUUAAAAUGACCUUUCGAUUUAUCGCAGCAUCUAGACAACUUGUCAUAGUACUGUAUGUACAAGAUGUUUGCAGAAGCCUGUGGGAUAUCAUUUGCCACUCUUCUCAACUAAUACAUUUCAAGGGUUGAAUAUAUGAAAAUGUCUGCAUUUCACCACCCUCUUUCACGCGAUCCAGCAGUGAUUGACUGAACUGGAGAUGGAUAAGCUGUGCUAUCAACACAAACAUUGAUGCCUCCACCCCAUUGUUCAAUCAUAUUGAAUCAUUACUUGCAUGCGACUCAGUGAAGUAAUUUACUAAUGUAUAGUCAGUCCUUUUCUGAACAGCAUUGCAGAUGGUCUGUACUGGUGUCUGUGGUGUAAACAUCAUUGGUAUCUGUGUUAAUUCAGCUAUGAUUGUGGGCAUUAUCCAUCUCCUAAUAUCGUGUUGGAGUAGGUGUUACUGCAAAUGAUACUAACGAUUUUCACAAGGGUAGUUCAUAAGCAAACAGGGACCCUAGGCCACAAUAAUGGCACAAUAGGCACAAUCUUAAGAACAAGAAUACAUUACUUCCAUGUUUGGUUGUCAGAGAACAUUUCAAAUAAAAGCUGGACUCAAACUGGCAGUGUAAUUAUGCUGUCUGCUUUGAAUUUGCAUUUUUAGAAAAUUGUUAUUCAGUUCAGUGAAUCGGACAGACUCUGAUGGCAUUGUUAGAACUGGAAGACAUGCUAUUUAGUCUUGAAUCAUACCAGCUAGGUUCUCUGAUUUAAUAGGUUAUUGUUCAACGUUUCUAAUACAAGCCAAGAGUCUAAUGUCAAGUGUAAAACAACAACAGGAAAUGCUACAAUGUCAAGGGUAAACACCAACGUAGCACUAAAAUAAGACUAAAAUUGCAAUGAGUUAUUUUAACAUAACUAAGAGUGUAGCUCCCUGUAUAGUAUGUGGUGUUAAAAAAUAAAGCACCUGAUGUUAUAAACAUUGAGGCAGACUAUAUACUGUACCUGUUAUUGUAUCUGUAUUGCUGACAGCGCACUCCAUUUCACCACUUCCAUAGUAACACGUAGACUCUUGAAACAUAGCAACGCCCUAACUGGACAUGAUGGUAGCCCAGCUAUCAAGAGAUUUUGAAAAAUAGGUCUGCGUUCUGAGGAACCUGGAACGAUUAGGGUUUGUCAGUUAACCUUGCUGGUGUUGAAUAAUAAAUGUAUUAAUACAUUGUGUACCGCUGUGACAUGCUGCAUCUGGGGCCCUGUGGACCUGCUGGAUUGCAAAUAAUGGUGUAUUGGUUCAACCCAUAUUCCUCAUUCUUCUCAGAGCAGUGGACUGGUCUAAACGUGAUCCAUGCAAGGUGUUUCUCAAAAGAGGAAGGGCCUAAACUCGUUCCCUGACAAGUUAGCAGCAAGUGGUGUGUAUGAUGUCUCUUACUGUGUCAUGUCGUGCAAUUUGGGCAAGAGAACCGCUAAAGCGAAGCAGCAAAUCUUUGAUUUGGUUUGAUUUUGUACACGUUAUAAUUAAAAAUUGUCAACACAA